AUGAAUUUUAUAUCUGGUGACCCCGAAGAUUGCAUAUCUCUUCCUAAGCUUCGUGAUACACUCAUUCGUCUCGAAGAUACUAUAAUCUUUGCUUUGAUUGAAAGAGCACAAUAUUCUAUUAAUAAAAACAUUUAUGUGCCUGGGAUGUAUAAAUAUGAGCAAAGCAAUGGAUUUGAUGGAAGUUUUCUUGAAUAUUUUUUGAGUGAGGUUGAGAAAGUUCAUGGAGAUGAUCAAAAUUAUGGUUCGGCGGCAACCAGAGAUGUCGAGUGCCUUCAAGCUUUAUCUCAAAGAAUUCAUUAUGGAAAGUUCGUUGCUGAGGCAAAAUUUCGUGAUCCGGAAACACAAGAUAAAUACAUCGAAUUCAUUAAAAAUCGAGAUGUUAAAGCACUUGAAACCUUGUUAACUAACAAAAAAGUUGAGGAUGCUUUAUUGAGAAGACUUAGGCGUAAAGCUUUAAUAUACGGUCAAGAUAUUACAGAACAUGGUAAAAUUAAUUUAGAUAAUUUACAAACUUCAGAACAUUUAAAAAUCAAAGUAGAUGUAGUUGUUGAAUUGUAUGAGAAAUGGGUUAUUCCUUUGACCAAGCAGGUUGAAAUUGAAUAUUUAUUGAUAAGACUUGAUAAUGAAAAGAAGUAA